AUGCCGGAGAUGGAUGACGACGGCGUGGACGACGACGCGCGACGCGCGCGUCGAGGCUUGAAAGCGCGCGAGACGGUGAUGGAAUCGGAACGACGGACGUCGACGAGCGGGAGAGAGAGCGCGAGCGAGCUUCGGCGAGGGCUCAAGGCGAUGUGCGAAGCGACGCGCGAGACGCCGGACGCGAUGGAUGUGUUUUGGUAUGAAUUAGGGAACGCGUCGAGCGAACCGCUGACGGCGAUGAGCGAACGGACGUUGGAUGAAAUGCUGCGGCCGUACGGGCGAUCGUUGUACGCGAAGAACGCGCGAAGUGGGGGGUUGUACAAAUUGGUGAGACACGCGGCGACGCAGAUCGGCGCCGCGGGGGCGCACGCGACGCCGGUGAGCGCGAUUAACGUCACCGUGCUCGCGGGGACGUUCAUCAAGUACUUUAUCGAGUUCGCGAGCGAGAGUGGGGGGACGACGGUCGGUGUUCAAGCGCUCGGAGGAGCCCGAAGCGAGAGUUUGAGAAAUUUGGCCAAAACGUUUGAGUACGACGCACGUUGGGAAAGCGUCACCGCUUCCGGUGCGUCCACGCGCGCGAGGUCACCGUUCGAUGAUUUGAUGCUCGCGUGCGCGAACACAUUGGGCAAAAAGCGCGUGACAACGCAGACGAUGGCGUUGCACACGGCGUGCGCGAGAGUCUUACUCAUCACGUGCUCGUCGCAGUUGGCGUUCGACCUCACCGACGUCGAGGCGCGAGAGAUGGGUCAUCCGCUCGCGAUGUCGUUAUUGAAGCUCGGCGCGAGUGAUUCGAAAAUGACAGGAACGUUGAUGUGCUCACUUUUACGGCAAAUCGUGGCUCGUCCGCCGAAUAGCGGAGAUAUUUGCGCACUCCCGGCUAACAGAGACGACGAAAAAUGUGGGGUCACUAGAGGACUCGUCAGCGCGUUCAGUGCGUUAUUUCCUUCGCGUUCAGACAAGUCUGCGCAGUCGUGCCGAUCGAAGCGAGUGGCGCACAAUUUGGUGCGAUGCACGCACUCCACGCAGUCGCCGUUGGCGGAUGAAUUCAGCAAUUUAUUCUUGGCACUCUGCGCGCAGGGCGCUUUCGAUCCAAACGUCAAGAACCCGUUCAGAGAGGCGGUGAAGGGGAUGAGAGACGUUUCAGCGCGAUCUUCCGUUUCGUCGGGCAAGCGCGACGCGACGCUGGUGAAUUUCGAAAAAACAUGCGAGGCGCUCAGCGAAUCGUCGUCGACCGAUUCUGGUUUGUUGACGUUGUACACGCUGCUUUCGACAAACUCGCGAUUCGUCGCCUACUUGGGCUCGAAAGGGUCGGCAGCGAAGCGUCUCGUGGAAAAUCUCAUAAGAGAGCUAUACGAGGCGGAAAUGGACGGCAUCACGCACGUCUCGCAGCUCAUCAUCACGUCGUUGCUGAUUCUAUCCCAAGACGUGGGUUUCAACAGACUGAUGCAGACACAGAAAUGCUCGUCGACCGCUUGGUACAAGGAACGCAUCAUCGAGAAAAGUUCGAUGGGUAGCUUGAUGUUUGUCGUUCUUUCCCGAGCGCUCAAAUACAAUUGCUCAGAAUCGACGAAGAUAUCGAGGGAUCUGAGCGUGCUCGGAGUGAUCGCGAACAUGGCUGGCGUCACGCGCGACAUUUCCGGAUACGCCGCUCAACGUCUCGUAAACAUAUUGGAGCUCCUCACGAAGAAGCGCGCGAGGUUGUUGAGUGCGGAAAACAAGGAUUUACAGGAGCAGGCGCUGCACACUCCGCGUUCUGAAAUCGCAGUGUGCGAAGACUUCAUCCGAAUCGCGUUUGAGAUUCUCAACUGUCUCACGACAGAUCUCAACUCGCUCGAACAAAACCCAGAAAUUGUGUACGCUCUCAUGCACAAGGAGGAGUUAGUGGUGGGAUACCGCACGGACGCGGCGUUCGCUGAAUACGUGCAGAACAUUGAGUGCGUGAUGGAGCACUAUCACGACGCAGUGAGAAGCAAAGGCGCCGACAGUCCAAUGUCAGUCGGUUGCAUCAAGCGAAUCAUCUCCGAGAACUCCUUGGAUCGUUCACCGAGUCCGACCAAGUUUCGCAACGGUAACUGUAGUGAUUGCGCAAUUCACAAUUUCUACCCGAUGGCUUUCGAGUACGUCGAAGACGAGGAAAGCGCGCCGUACUUUAUGAUUCCGUACAUCUGGGGAGCCGUCGUCGCGCAGAGCGGCGUGUACUGGCGAGCGAGCAGCGUCGCCCUCUUCUCAUCGAGUUCGAUCUCGAUGUCGAACGAUUUCGAUCUCGGCGCGUCCUUUUCUGACGAGCAGUCUGAUCUCGUCUGA